GUUGUUCGUCGAUUCUCAUCAUUUGCAGUGCUCGCGUUCCGAACCGUAGGUUGUAUUCUUCUGCGUCUUCCGUGAAAAAUCCCGUGAAAAGCGGCGGAAAACCGCCGGAACUGUAGUUAAUAGUGUCCCACCAGUGAACCGAGUGCUAGUGGAAGAACCCUACCACAAAUGUGUUAGACGUGGUCAAUUUAUAUUCAUCAACAUGGAAUCACAGGCAAAGGAAACGAAAGAAAUCCGCACCACUCGGUCACGGUCGAAAACGCCAGGGCUAGUUCUGCGGGAAAAGGCGGAUAAAACCGUCAACGGCGAUUCCGAUUCCUCCAAGGCAGCUGACAAAAAAUCGACCAAGGUCCACACCGUCACCAUAAUUGAGGAAGAACUCAACUCGUCGCAAAAAUCCACUGCCACCGAAAGCGGCACCGGAGCACGUUCAACCCGGCAAGCGCGCACCGUCACAUCGGACUACUCCUCCGAUGAUGUUUCUCCGGAUAAGGCAGCCUUAAAACAAUCGGCCAAAUUAAUCACCAUCACUACGUCGAGUUCCACCGCGACGACAGCCAGUUCCGCGUCCAAAAGCAAUCAACCGUCAAAGUCUUCCCCCGACAAAAAGGAAGUCCGUCAGAACGAAAUCAAUCGGGUGCUGGAGAAGUCCCAGACGGCUAUCCUACGGACCAGCACCCCCAAAGCAUCUUCAAAAACGGCGAAAACUGUCACCCUCACCUCGGAUGAGCUAAAACAACAUGCUGCCUACAAAGAGUACAAAGAAGCCGGUGAGUAUUGGAACAAGUUUCCAAAAACCGAUUACACCUACUCGGAACUGUCUCCACACCGGCGAGAGAUCCUUCCCGGGGUGGUUGCGAUGCCCAACAUGUCCCGUCCUGGUUUGAGCAAGCACGGCGAACGGGUUAACGUUAUGAUCCAACGGAAUCCCGCUCAGGAGACGUACAUUCGCCAGCGCUAUGCCUCGUCCAAGUACUCGAGUGGAGGAGUUUCCGGGGGCAGCUUUGCCCAUGCUGAUCCGUACGAUUCCGGAGAAGAACAGCUGGAUUUGUCGCAUGUUUCCAAGUCCAACAGCUACCGGAAUAGCUACUGGAAGUCGUCUGUUACGUCCCAGGUACAGAUCGAGCACCAAUCGAUCGUACACCGGUUCUUCCUGGCGAUUGUGAAUUUUUUCUACAGCAGUGUCCACUCGGUAUCCAGGGUGUUCAAUCGAUCCGAACACAAUCUGUACUACACCAGAAUUGAGGAUGAAAGAGGUUUCUUCGUCAAAAUGUACGCGUUCUUCACGUCACUAACUACGAGUAUUUUCAAAAAAGUCUACCUACUGAUCUCAUCGGUCCUAUUUCUGGACACCUGGCUGCUUCAAACAGCGGCCAGCGACGUGCAACAGGGACGUCGCAAGCGCAAGUUCCUGCUUCUGCUGUUGAUCCUGCUACCGUUCCUGUUGUUUGGAGCCUACCUCCUGGCGGAUGAAGACCAAACCAUCGUCCUGCCGGCAUCGAAACGUGCCUCAUUUGCCCUGUCCUCGCUAUCCAACGUCCUACCAUCAAUGAGCGGUGAAGAUUUUGACCGCUUCAAAGCCAAUCUGUUCCAGAAGCUAGACUGGCGAGAGUCCAGUUUCUCCUGGCGAUCGCUACUACCUUCCUUCAGCUUCAGCUUCUGGACCUUUUCUGGAUCUGGAUCACAGUACGAGAAACUGCGAAGCAAUUUGCAAAAUACUCUUAGCAGGGAAGAGUAUGACAGUCUGAUGCAGCACAUCGAUGCGUACAUUGAGGGGCUGCUGACGGAAAAGUAUUUGCAAAAGGAACAACGUGAAGCGCAGGCAAAGCAAAGACUAAGUCCGGAAGUGACGCUACACAUUGCCAAUAUGGUACAACAGAACCUGAGGGAGUACAACUACAAACUAAGCCAGGACGAUGUGGAUCAUGUUGCCGAGAAAGUGAGGAUUGAGUUGCUCGCUAGCUACCCGAAUGUGUUCAGUCGAGAUACAGCAGAAAAAGAUGACCGUACUAAACGAGAAGCGACAGUGGAAGUAUCUAAGGAAACGCUAGUUGAGUUGCAAAGAUUAAUCAAGCAGGAAAUCAGCAUUACGAAUAAUAAUUUUGUAAUCAGUGAUCAACAGUUGGAGGAAGUUCUUCUGAAGAUUUUAUCCUCAAGCAGACUUGUGGAGUUGAUAGAUUCUAGAGUUCUAUUACAGACGAAAGAUUCUAAAAAACAACAUGAAAGUCAAGCAGCUUUGAUUGAGAAUUUGAAAAAUGAAAUCACCGAAAUCAAAACACAUUUCACGGAGAAACUUCUCGCUAGCAGUUUGAUGGUGGAGGACAAUUUGAAAUCGCUCAGGGAAAAUCAGGACAGGAUUGCCGAUCAGGUUCACAGUUAUCGGAUCGAAAAUGAUGAAAAGUAUGUUCGGUUACUGGCUAGUAUCGACGAGCGCUUAGCUGCUGCGCAGCAGGAGCAGUUCGCUGGACUGAAUACUAUUAUCAAGAAGAAUAUUAUUACUAUUCUUGGGCUGAAUGUGCAGGAAGAUUUCACCGACGAGGAUCUUAAAACCUGGAUCAGCAAUCUAUUCGUAGCGAAGGACUAUCUGGAGAGUCGUCUGAAAGAGUAUCAGGAGGGGGUCAGCGCUUUGAUUCAGCAAGAGAUGGAAAGGUCCGCUGUAACGUUGAUGAAGGACAUAAGUGAAAAGAUACAGACAGAAGUUCUUGCCUCGAUUCAGUCGUUUAAGAAUGAGGUAAACAUUGAUGCAAAAGCUGGCGGAAUACCGUCCGAGAAUGGUGGGAGUGGUGGUGGUAUUACGGAAGACCACGUGCGAAGGAUUGUCCGGGAUGCUCUCCGUAUCUACGAUGCGGAUAAAACGGGACUAGUAGAUUACGCGCUUGAGUCCGCCGGUGGGCAAAUUCUGUCCACCAGGUGUACGGAAAGCUAUCAGACGCACUCGGCGCAGAUUUCGAUAUUUGGGAUUCCACUGUGGUAUCCGACCAACACACCGAGGACCGUCAUUUCGCCCACCAUGCAGCCUGGGCAGUGUUGGGCCUUCUCCGGGUUUCCCGGGUAUCUUGUCAUCCAGCUGAAUAGCGACGUUCUCGUGACUGGCUUCUCGCUGGAACAUAUCUCUAAACUGCUUGCACCAAAUGGACAAAUUGAUUCCGCUCCGAUGAAUUUCUCCGUUUGGGGCCUCGCCAACGAAAACGAUCCUCAUCCGAUCCUGUUGGGUAACUACGUGUACGAGGACAACGGAGCCGCGCUGCAAUACUUCCCGGUUGACAACCCGAAUCGGCGGGAGCUGCGAGGACGAGCAUUUCGUAUUGUCGAGUUGCGCAUCGAGUCCAACCAUGGCAAUGAGAACUACACGUGUCUGUAUCGGUUCCGGGUGCACGGCGAAAGGCUGUGAGUGGAAACGUACAGUUGAUUUUAGGUGGGGUCUCGGGGGUCGCUGUAAAUAACUGGGGAGGAAGAAGUUUUAAUUUUUAUUUAUUUAUAUUUUUAGUGGAUAAGUCGAUUUAACCACCUUCUUUUUUGUUGGGCUUAAGUUGUUUUUUUAUUAGUUUUAGGAAGUAUGCAAGAUGAUGGUGCAAUAACUACCACUUUGGAAUAGUUACGUAUGUUCCCGUUUGGGGGAACAAGUGAGCACUUAAUCAGGAACCAAAUGUUAGAAGUUUAAGUGUGUAAAAUUAGAAGCUUUGUUUCAUCUUAUUAUUCUAACUAAUGUUCUUUGAAAACUUCUACUUUUGUAGAUAUUUUCAAAGAAUUUUCAUCUGUCACUCACUCUUUGCUUUCCUUUACUACUAUUAAAACCUAAACCCUACGUUAGAUUUUAUCUAGUUUGCAUGAAUGGAAUUUAAUGCUUUGGUGUGAUGUUGUUUAUUGUUUAAAAAAGGCUAAACGAACGUAACUUGCGUUUAUGUUGCAAUUAGAACUAAAAAAGUUUUAAGAUUCAACUGAGAAAGUCUCGUUUUUCCCUAACUUUUGCACAACCUCCACUGUAUUCGAGUCGUUGUAAGACUACUAAUAGAUUUUCAGGAAAAUUUUCUCGACGGUGUGCAGCAAGACUGCGUUUUUCGUUUUCAAAGAUGGCAGUUUUUCGAGACUUCCUUAGUUGAACUUUAUGGCAGAAAUUUAUCGAUUCUAGUACACACUUUGGGAUAUACAGUUUAAAAAGAAAUAUGGAGUAAAGUUUGACAUAGCGCAAAGUGACAUCAGUAGCAGAGCAAGUGCAAUGAGCCUAUUGACAGUAUGAUUUCCUUCUAAUCGAAACUGAAAUACAUGACUGGUUCAUGCGAACAGUGUAAUUUAGUCAAGGUUUAUUUUGACGGACUAUAAGACCACCUUGGCCAAUUCAUGCAUCGUGUUUAAACUCAGUGUAUUUUAUUAAUCCACUCUUUAUGCAACACUGUGUCAUUACCAUCGUUUUGAUGUAUACCAUGUAACCAAAAUGAAUAAACUCCAUUUCAUGAUCGUCACUUGUGAAGCACGAAUUGCGAGCAGCGACGCCAGUUUUGCAAAAAAAAAAACUGAAUCGUGUGAAAAGCGGCGUAGACUCAGGUGAUUCGCAUUUCUAAUGCCAAAAGAUCCUGACUCCUACGGUAGCAGACAAAGGGUUAAAUCGCCGGUAAACUCUAAGCUUGCUCAUAUGACCUUUUCCACGCUUUUCUAAACUUUCUUCUUUCAACUCCUUGCUCUCCCUUGAGUACUACGGCUCUUAAUAUUGAAAAAUACACUUCCUGUCCCUUGCUAAUUAAACAACAGUUUCGCGUCGUCGCCUUCUUGCGAAAAUUUUCAACCUGUCACUGCAGUGAGAUGCAAAUUCUCUUUCCUUUCUCCAAUUCACAAAAGGCGUGUUCAACUAUCGAGGUAUCACGUCCUCAAGUACCUGCUCGAAAUUAUUUCGAGGUCAUCAUGAACGACGCAUGCUUCGCCUGUUGUAAAAAAUACUUCGACACCGAACAACAUGGAUUCUUCUCGAAACAAUCUGUCGCAACAAAUCUAGUGCUAUUCACAUCACUCUGUUUGUGUAACAUGAAUGCCGGUACUCAUCUGCCAUCUACUUGGAUCUCAAGGCUGCUUUCGAUAGAGUUGACCACUGAAUUCCGCUUAAAGAUCUCAUCUUCAGCUAUCGUUGCAUGGUUCAGGUCAUACUUAACGAACCACACUGUCCGCGUAAAAAUUAGAUCACUACCCUCGGAACAUUUUUCGAAUCUGUCUAGGGUUCCACAAAGCAGCAACUUGGUACCGCUUUUGUUUUCAAUCUUCAUUAAUACUGUUGCUUUGUUACUGCCACCUAACUGCGGUUUAUUUUUUGCUGAUGAUACAAAAUUAUUCAAGAUCACUGGCCUUACUUCUUGGACUUCUUGGAACUUUAGCGUAUCCUGGAUACUUUCGUUGCGUGGUGUUUGUCGAACUUGCUGACGUUAAGCAUAGACAAAUGUCACAUUAUUUCCUACCAUCUGAAGUUGAAACACAAACACCUUGAACUAUCCUAUCUCUGAACGCUCCCUCACACACGUACAACACAUCAAGGACCUAGGUGUUAUCCUGGACAGGGAUAGCGUCAAUACGAUGACAUCAUUUCCCGAGCUAAUCGGCAAUAAGGUUUCAUAAAAAAAACAUCCGGCCGAUUAUCCUGCUCCCCUGCGUUGGGAAACCUAACACAACGGCUUAUGACCUACAUCGAAGAAAACUCAUCUUGACCAGCACCAUUUCGCUUUCCGCAAGGAUGAAGGGACAGAAGCCUAUCUUGGAGGGUUUGAAGUAAUCCUGCGGUAGACCACGGCAGACGAUCUGAAUGCCGACUUAGCUAUACUGGACUUCGCCAAGGUCUACAAUACAGUUUACCGCGAGGGGGAUAUGCGGCAACUAACUUGCUGGGGAGUCUCCUGGAAUUUUGUGAACUACAUCAAGGAUUACCUCAACAAUCGUGUUUUCCGAGUGUGGAAGAAAACGGUGUACCGGUAGGGAUCCGUCCUCGCUGUCACCUGAAUCCUCUUUGCAUCCCUGCCGUUUGUCUGCCGACGACAUCACAAUUGUCGUGGUGGGAAGAUCCACCGCUCGAUUGAGGAUAAAGCUCCGAGCUGCAGUAAACGCCGACUGAAGAUGGGCUGAAGCAACGUAGCCGCCGCCAAAUGUUCAGUAUCCCACUGUUGCAAUUCCCUUUACCUAGCCACUAACAGACCGAUCAAAUUUGGACAUGGUAUCACGCUGGAACGCCCUGUACAUAGACAUUGGGAUUCUACGGUAUAGAAUUAGGCAGCCAUAACUUGAACGGACUUAUGAGGAUCUUUGUUCCCCUGUGCAACGGAACGACUCGGUUAGCUUCUAAACUUACUACUGAGCGCUCCCGCCGAAGCAGCCUGUGUCGAAGCUAGCAUCCUCCUUUUUCGGUGAACGGCCGCCAACGUCAUACUAAGACGCGCUCUUGGAUUUCUCAAAAGGACUUCUGGUAGCACUUCUACUCUCCUCUUGAAAGUGGCUCAAAAAAAAAAAAUUCCUAGAACACAGCGGCACAGAUCUGCCAGAAAUAACACGCCUCCAUAGGACCCGGGACCGGCUCUGGUACACGAGAAACCCGAACACCACCAUCAACCUACCCAGGUCGCUACGAGCAGGUCCUCCCCCCGAAAUCGCUCAGUUAAAAUACCGAGAGCUGAUGAACUUACUAUUCCCGAACCACGUUCGGAUCUACACUGACGCUUCCAAGCUGUAAGAAAGAGUUUGAAUGGGAUCUGCGGAACUGGUCUGGCCUACCGCCUCCCCACAAGCUGCUCCGUUUUCUCGGUAGAAGUUGCUGUCAUUAGUCUAGUGAUUGCAAGAAGACCAGAGGGAAGGCCGACCAUCAUUGUAGCCACCCUUACCUUAGAUAUAGAAAACACCUGCGAUCCGUCAACCACGAUAUGCUGGGUGUCUACUACGGGAUCAACGGGAAUGAGGAAGCGGAUUCAGUGGGAGACAGGUUUCGAAGAUUACUGACCGAAUUGGUCCCAUCAACAGAUAUUAUCUCCCACUGCAAUUCAAAAAACAUGGCACGCUUAAUUAGCCACUGGAGGAGCCAACUCUAACCUCCAAAUAAUCCAGGGAGAGCCGGAACUAUGGAUCAACCGGGGCAACAGGCUCGAGCAGAGCCCUCUCCCGCCUGCACGUUGAUCAAAACCAAGAUAUCUCACUCACGUACGAUCACGCGAACAGACCCACGCCCGCCCCCCUUCUGCCUGGUAGGCCAAACCAGGCUCACCGUCGAACAUCUGGGGCCCUAUUCUCACAGUCACGUCACCUAGUGACUAGAAGGAAAUUUUGUUCUAGUCACCAAGUGACGUGACUGUGAGAAUAGGCCCCCUAGUCGAUUGUUCAAAAUUCAAAUACUAUCGAAACAUCCACCAACUACCGUCUUCAAUCCAAGACAUUCUGGCCGACAAUCUAACAAGUGCGGAGAUAAAUAUCUCAUCCUUGAGAAAUGUCGAGCUGCUCGAGAAACUCCCACGGACUCUUGGCUACAUCCGGUCCUGCGUACUUCAAAACCCAAAGCACUUCAGUAUCUACCCUCGAAAAUCAGGUAAAACACCGAACACCGUUGAAAAUGACGGAAAUCGUGUCGUUAGAGACGGAUUCUACUUCUUCACAUGAAUCUUUUAAUAUAAUCGUGAUACGUGUUGUUUUUCGUUACGAGGCUUUUUGCCUCUGCAAAGGAGUUGAAUGUUAUCAGUAUCACUUGUCUUGUAUGAUGUAGCUGUAUGUGUGAAACUUCUGUUUCCUUUUCACCUUGAUCAAUUGUUCCACCUCGCGCACUGUUGGUCUAAGACGUGUUCUGUCUAUUGGCUAUUUUCGGCAAAUUUGAGACUAAGAGAAAACGAAAGCAAUGAAAUUGAAAGACGGAUAGGUAUUCUAGAGCUAAUCAGUUAUAAACUUAGAACGGAAAACUAGGACUAGGCAGGCUCAUAUGGACAUGAUCGAAAGGAAAUGUGAAGAGUGCUUUGCCUUCUGCUAAGUAGGAGUUGGUCGUUGCACCCAAGUCUAUCGCAUGGUCUUUGAUAGAGCAUAACUCAUCAUCAUGUUUUACCGCCGACACCGGCGAAAAAUUGCCACUGUGUUAGUUGUUCUCGCUGCAUUCUUACAUAAAUAGUCGGCGUGGCUAUUGAAAUUUGACCGAUCGUCGACCAUCACGCCCAGGGGCUUUAGCGCAUGCAACGAUAGAAUUGACGAUCCACCGGCACUGGUCACGACAUGUUGAAUUUUUCUGUUAUGGUUGCUGACCAGCAAUACCUCCGUUUUGUGGUGAAUCAACUACAACUAUGUAGCACUACGGUGAUAGCCACUCAGCUGGCGCUGUUGAACGCGUUGUUCACAUCGAUCUACCGUUGAAACCCCUUUUCGGAAUCCAAACUGCCCUUACUUUCAGCGUAGUUCGCCAGCCUGUUCAUAAUGACUUUUUAGGAGUUUUUCAAGAGUAUCCAGCAGUUCUGUGGGCGUAUCGGUUGCUAGAUCUCCUGGUGACUUCCCUGGUUUUGGCAGGUAGAUGGAAGAUCCAGCACCAUCAUCUUCUGGAUCUUCCAUCGACCUGCUAGGUAGCCUUUGUCCAGGCAUUGCUAUAGUACUGUCCUGAACAUGUUCAGAAACGCCAGGAUCGCGGUCUUCAGUGUCACGUUGGGGUUACUGUCCGAACCGGAUGCUUUCUUCGAUUUAAGUCUUUAUUCCACGGUAUGGAACCGGUCGCUGGAGACCCGAUCGUCACCAACAUUUCCACCGUCUGCAUCGACGCACGACGUAAUUAUGGCCAUACGGUUGGGUGGUGCUUCGGCAAGAGAUUCUCCACGAUAUUCUUUAAUUUGUUAGAGCACCUUUCAGCCGGCGUCGUUUGACCCUUGAUCGUGGCUAACACGACACGGUAAGCGUUGUUCCAGAGGUUCGCGUCUACUUCUCUGCACAGCUCCUUAUAGACGGAGAACUUGCUCAACACUAUCUCACGUUUAAAUGCGGUCCUGACCGUCCGGAAUGCCGGAUCCGGAUCUUCUCUAGCUGUCUCUGAUCAUGCUAUCCGAACGUGUCUUCUGGCUUUUAGGUAGGCAGCACGGAGGGUCAUUCCACCAAAACGCCGGAUGUUGGCAGUUUCCCGGCUCCAAUUACCUCGGCAUUAUUACGUCAAAUUCUCGUUAGUGCUGCUGACAGCUUAUCGGCGUUUGGAAUUGGAGUGGUUCUGUCUGCAUGAAGUGCUUCUACCCUUAUCAAAGUCCUCCGCCACCAUACAGUUCCACCGACCAGUGGUGGUCGUUAUGUGUGUACUAGUUAGCAAGUCAUGCUAUCGAUCAGCAACGAACUGCGUUACAUCGAUGAUGGAUCACCGAUCUUCUUUACGGAAUGUGCCAGCGGAGCCUUCGUUGCACAGCUUUACAUCCAGCUUCGCCAGAGCUUCCACUAAGCUGUAACCUCUUUCGUUGGCCAGCCUGCUACCUCACUCUAAGGCCCAAGCGUUAUAGUCUUCUCCUAUAACAACCUGCGUUCGUCCGACUAACGAGUCGGAUGGUGCGUCCAGCAUCCGAUUGUACUACACUGUUGUCCACUUUGAGGAACAUAACAGAUACAUACGAAUACAUCAUUGAUCCUGGCGAUCACGAAGCCACAGGCUUUCAUAUCACCUAUUUAUUUUUCUUACGAGUUUUCUACAAUUAAGUCGGAGUUUGCCUUGAUUAAUCUAUUCAGCUCCCGACUUUCCUCUUGUUUUCCGCCAUUCUUUCCAUAUUUUAUAUAUUAUUUAUAUUAUAUUUCCUGAUUGUACAUCAUAUUAUCAUGAUUUAGUCUGUUCCACAAUAUUCCGCCACGUCACUCGGUCAGUUGCUGCUUGUCUCCAACCUCUCAGGUGCCCGAUACUCGCCAGGUUCUGCUCCACUCUGGUCCAGCCACCGGGAACGCUGCGCUCCUCUCCGUCUUGUAACCUGCCGGGUUGGAGGCGAAAACCAACUUGGUGGGGUUGUUGUCCGGCAUCCUCACAACAUGCCCCGCCCACCGUACCCUUCCAGCUUGAGCUACUUUUACUUGGCUCACCAUAGAGUCGCGCAAGUUCGUGGUUCAUCCUUCUCCUCCACACGCCAUCCUCCUGCACACCACCGAAGAUCGUUCUCAGCACCCUUCUUUCGAAGACUUCGAGUGCUUGCAGAUCCUCCUCGAGCAUUGUCCACGUUUCGUGCCCGUAAAGAACCACCGGUCUAAUCAGUGUGUUGUACAUAGUAAGCACAACUUCCAGAGAUAAUACGCCUUCUGAUCGCCCGGCUGGUGUUAUUGUCCUCAGUCACCAAUGAGCCUAGAUAGAUGAACUCGUCAAUCACCUCGAACUCGUCGCUGUCGAUCGUAAUACUACUGCCCAAGCGUUCUCUAUCGCGAUCGGUUCCGCCAGCCAGCAUGUACUUCGUCUUAGACACAUUUAUCUUCAGUCCUACUCGGGCUGCUUCUCCCUUCAGUCGGGUAUACAGAUCUGCUACCGCCUCCUUGUUUCUACCGAUUAUGUCCACGUCGUCAGCGCAGCACACGAACUGUCCGGACCUCGUGAAAAUCGUGCACCGCAUGUUGAACCCCGCUCUUCGCAUUACACCUUGUCUUAGUACCCUGCGUGUUUCAAACGGGCCCGAGAGGCCGCCAGAAAUUUUGACACAACACCUUACACAAUCCAUCGUAGCCUUAACCAGUCUUGUCAGCUUCCCAGGGAAGCCGUUCUCGUUCAUCAUUUUCCAUAGCUCCACACGGUCCACCGUGUCAUAUGCGGCUUUAAAGUCGAUGAACAGGUGAUGUGUCGGGACCUGGUAUUCACGGCAUUUUUGGAGGAUUUGCCGUAUAGUAAAGAUUUUGUUGUUUGUUGAUCUGCCGUUGAUGAAACCGGCCUGAUAACUCCCGACAAAUCCAUUUACCAGCGGUGAUAGGCGCCAGAACAGAAACUUUGUAAGCGGCAUUUGUCACCGUGAUCGCUCCGUAGUUUUCACAUUCCAAUUUGUCGCCUUUCUUGUAUUCCGUCAGUUUCUCCGGACCCACCUUGAAGAGUUCCGCUCCUAGACCAUCCUUACCAGCUGCCUUGUUGUUCUUGAGCUGUUGAAUAGCCUCGUUAACCUCAUUCAUAGUGGGCGCCGGUACAUCCCCGUCGGCUGCGACACUGACAUAAUCGUCCUUCUCGAACGCCCGAUUGUCCGCCUGCGCACCAUUCAGAUGUUCAUUGUAGUGCUGCCUCCACCUUUCGACCACCUCACGUUCGUCCGUCAAGAUGCCACCUUCCUUGUCUCUACACAUUUCGGCUCGCGGCACGAAACCGUUGCGAGAGUCAUUCAGCUUCUUGAGCAGCUCUAUCUCCUCUUUCUCUCAGACUCUUCCGGGCGGCGCUAUUUGUCCUGAUAAAGACGAGUCUGCUGUUUUCGCUUCUGUCGAUAUGACUCCACGUUCUGACGAGUGGCUUGAAGCUUCUCGUCCAAUAUCUCUUGGCAUUCUCCAUCGAACCAAUCGUUCCGUCGACUCCUCUGUACGUAUCCCAGGUCGCUCUCCGCAGUGCUGCUUAUGGUUGCUUUAGUUCUGGUCCAGCAGUCCUCAAAGGCAGCUCCUCCUCCGGUGGCAGCGCUGCUUCAAGAUGCUGCGCGUACGUUGUCGCGACGUUGGUUUCCCUCGGUCGGUCCAGGUUAUACCGUGGCGGGCGCCGGUAUUUUACACUGUUCACUACGGAUAGUUUUGGACGCAGUUUAACCAUCACCAGAUUGUGGUCCGAGUCGAUGUUACCGCCCCGAUAGGUCCUUACUUCGAUAAUGUCCGAGAAGUGCCGUCCAUCAUUCAGAACAUGAUCAAUUUGCGUUUCUGUUUGUUGCGGUGAUCUCCAGGUGUAUUGGUGCAGGAGGCGGAGCUGGAAGAAGGUGCUCCCUAUGGCCAUGUUUUUAGAGGUGGCGAAAUCGAUUAGUCUUAGGCCGUUCUCGUUCGUCUGCUGGUGGACGCUGAACCUUCCAAUUACCGGUCUGUAUUGCACCUCCUGGCCAACCUGAGCAUUAAGGUCGCCGAUGACGAUCUUGACAUCAUGGCUUGGGCAGCGAUCGUAUUCACGCUCCAGCUGCGCGUAGAAUUCGUCCUUGUCGUUAUCGCUACUUCCGAGGUGGGGACUACGCACGUUAAUUAUGCUGAUGUUGAAGAACCGGCCGUUGAUACUCAACCUGCACAUUCUGUCGCUGACCGGCCACCAUCCGAUCACACGGUUUUGCAUCUCCCCCACCACCAUAAAAGCUGCUCCCAGCUCGCGUGUAUUGCCGCAGCUCUGGUAGAUGGUGUGGUUCCCGCGAAAGACCCGCACCGUAGAUCCCUUCCAACACACCUCCUGCAGCGCCACAAUGUCGAACUUGCGGUCAUUCACUAUAUCGGCAAGUAUGCGAGUGCUCCCGAUAAAGCUAAGCGACCUGCAGUUCCAUGUCCCAAGUUUCCAGUCUCUUGUCCGUUUCCGUUGCGUACGUCUGUGCCAAUUUUGUCCAUCCGAAAUUUCUUGUUGAACUUCCUGAGCAUGCUAUUUUUAUGGGCGGCUAGGUAGGCCUGCCCCAACCUUGCAGCACGGCGGAAGGAUCACGGGAGGAGCGAGAUUUGAGCUAUGCGCUUAUUUAAAGGCUAUCACUGUUGGUUGAGUGGUAAGCGUGAUAGCCACUUUGCUUCUUUUACGUCGUUUCAAUCCUCUGCGUCCAGCGGUGAAUUACCGCAAACCAUUUAGAUCCUGAUUCCAUAGGCUAUUUAGCUUCGAUUUCCGUGAGCUAUUUAUAUCCCAGUUUUGUCGCGAUCGCGAUCGGAUAGUCCCUGGAGGUGAACUCACGUUACUCCGACUGAGAGUUCUUCGGUGGCGGAAUUUUUCCCCAUACCGACACUUGUUUCCUUGAGCAGUGGUGGGAUUUCUCUAGGCACCGAUGUCCGUUUAGUGAGUCAAUUAUCCCCGACUGUGGACUGACCAGCUGAUUGUGGUAGAGAUGAGAGUCAUGAUCAGGCAGGAUGAUUUUAAAUUUAGUUGCUUGAUUUCUGUUCACAGUUCAGUGAUUGCCUCGCAUAGCGCUGAGAUUGAGUUCUCUUCUGUUUGUAUAGAGAGACUCCGGAAGUGCAAAUUUUCGUAGAGAUCUGCGCAUUUAUCACACAUCUAAUAUAGAUUUUUCUUGUGCGAAGUACAAUAAUUCAACAAAGAAUGAGGUACAGUUGGAGUGUCUGAGCAACCUGUCAGGUGAACGACACUGUUGGCUGAGUGGUAAGCGUGAUAGCCACUAACUUCAGUGGGUCUGAGUUCAAUCCCAGCCGAUGUCGUUGAGAUUUUCUGAGCUGAAUAAUUUAUGGUCAUGUCUUCCUUUGGAAGGGUCGUAUAGCCGUUGGUUCCGGAUGGGUCAAUAUCUAGGGUCCAGAUUCUGGAGUCACCUCUCUGGUGACUGGUACUCAGUGCAUACAAAGGUCCACAGAAAAUGAACAAAAAAAUCCUGUCAGGUGGAAAACACCUCCAUAGAAACCAUGAUAAACAACGUGAUCAAUUCCGAUGACCGUUUCAGAGCACUUUCCGUAGAUCAUUGUUACAUUUUCUAGUUAUCUAUUUGGAAAUGGUUCCUAAACCAAUGUCCUGAUAAAGUGGUACCGCGAUAGUAGUUUGUUAGAUCAUUUUGCUCUAUUUGGCAUGUGCACUAACAAUCUGAUGCAAAGUCCGUCGUAACGGGGUUGGUAUGCUAAAAGUCAUAGCUUUGCUUUGUGUUCGAAGGAAAUUCCGAAUCUUCGAUCCAGUUCAGAACUGUUCGAAUGAAUAUUUGGAUAUUGCUUGUGGCACUGAAAACUGGAUUCUAACGGCGCUGCGCACUUCCCAGUCUUCGCUUGAAUUCUUCUCAUAGACUGAUUAGUUUGACUGGUCUGUCUAUGAAAAUAACAUCUCUAUCACUUGAAAUACAUGUGUUUUGUCAGCUCACCGUUUUAAGAUCACUCGCACUUUGAAAGUUCAGAAGUCCAGGUUAGUAGGUGGGUAGUGCGCAAUAAUAAUAUCAAAAUCAUUGUCUUAUGCCAACGGCGCAUCAGAAGAGCUGGUGAGACAUUUAGUUUUCAUUGAAAAUAAAAAAAAUCACCAAUAGGUAUGAAAUUUGGAGUUGAAUGUUUCUAUAGAACCAGUCCUUAGAUAAAUAAAGUAGAUAUAAAAAGCACAGUCGAUCAUACAAAAUGAAUUGCACAAAUUGUACCAUAGUUUCUAAAAGCAUUUCGCACAGACACUGCACCACAGAAUCACCUUCGAAUUUUAAUGUUCCAUUUACGUUUACGUUGUUGAACUCAUUCACGGAAGUGUUGCUACUUAAGCUCUUAUCAGUUGACCAGUACCUACCAGUAAACAAAAAUCAACUGUGUAAGAGUACAGUCCAGAUACUGAAACCAUAUGGACUACUUGUUUGCUCCGAUUCUUAGCUUAAUUCAAGUUCGCAGUAUAUAUCACAUUAACAUUUUUAGAGUCUAAGAUUGAUGUGAAACGAAAGUGUCUACUUACGGUUGCCUUAAUAUCUAGGUUAAGUAGUUCUAAGUUAGCCAUAAUUAUAUUAGACUUGAGUUCUUAGUUAUGUAAAUCGAAUGCUAAUAUCGCAGAUUAUCCCACAGUAUACUCUCUCUCUCUCUCUCUCUCUCUUUUUUACUCGGUUUUAAGCAGUUUAAGCUUUCAAAAUAAUCCAGAAUUAUUCACCAUAAUCGACCGUUUUCAGUACAUCGACAAUUACCAUUUUAAGUCCCAAAGUCACUAAUUAUCAGUGUUAAGUUACAUUAAUUACCAAUGAGUCAAUUUCGUAAUAAACCAUAUGUAUUUCUUUAGUGUGUUUGUUUGCUCGUUCUAAUUCGUAUCAAUUACUACUAAUCGUUUUAGCAUAAAACCCAGUACAAAGUAAACGGUUAAUUGUGUGCUAACCCGUUCGUAAGCUAAACCUCAACGGAUUCCAUUUCGCAGUAUCAAAAUUUGUUGUUAACGAGUUAUAACUUAUUCGCCAUUCAAAAUGUUUUUUUUUAUCGGGGUAGCUUUUUAUGUAAUAGCACCGCAUUUUGUUCAUUUUACAUCCUAUAUUUCUGGCUCACUGCAGCAGUGAGUCAAUUUAUUAAUAAAGAAACCUAAUGUAUGCAA